CAGAAAAUCCGUUCUGACAAGGUCAGAGCUUAUGGUGUGUGUAGCUAGACAUAGAUUUAGCUAUAAAUAUAUUCGUAUAGUAAAUGGGUAAGUAAAAUUUAAAGGGAACUGUAGUAAUUAUUUUAUAAAUGUGUUAAUAUAAUUGUUUUUUUUUUAAAAUCAAGUGAUAGUUAAGUAGUAUUAAUUACUUCACAUUGUUUCAUUUUUAUCUUCUAUGUGUAAUCGGGGAGGCGGAAGGGGUAAUAUAGGGAGUGCAGCCUUGAAAAUUAAAGUUGGCCGGGCAUUGAAAAAUGCUAUAAAUAACAAAACAGCACAUGAUAAAAAGUAAAAACCAUCCCUGACACAGAGUUAGUGAAUUGUAAUGUCUAAUUUUACACUUGCAGAAUUUUAAAUUAUAAAUAAUCAAACUUGGUUGAUAAUCAUACUAAAUAAUCUCAUUGUAGAUAUGUGAAGUUUCCAUUAGUAUGAAGUCGUUUCCAAGAGGCAAAGUAUUCAUUUUAACACUUAUGUUUUUUGGUAUGUAUCUCUUUUCUAAAUGUUUAAUUUUCAAAUUUAGAUAUCAAUUUUGUAUAGUGUUGUAUUUUUUUUAAUGCUGUUUUGUUAAUUAAGCAUCAACACUAAAAAAAAUAAGUCCAUUAAAUUGUAAACUAGACAUGAACAAAAAUGCCAGGGUUAAAUAAGCUUUGUAAAUUACUAUGAGCACACUUGUUUUGAACAGAAAGGAGUCAUUGUUAGAAGUUUGGAAAUAUUUUUUUUAAAAUGAAAAUAAAUAAAAUAAACGACAAACCUGAAUGUAUUGAUAUGAAAUUAAUUUUUAGUACGGCUGGAAACAUACUUAUUUCAGAUAAACACAAUGUCAAACUCCUGUUUCUAACAGAUUGGUUAAUUCAUCAAGUUCUGUCACACGUUUUAAUCCGUCCUACCAGCACUGAAUCAACUCAAGCCCUUUUCAUAAAAAAUUACACAUUUAAAAUCUAAGUAGAUUCACAUACUGUUACUUCCAUCUACCCAUGUAAAGCGCAGCUCGCAGACAGACAGAAAUAGAACACAUCCUAUUUCCACAAAGUUCCAUUUCCGACUGCCAGACGGAUAAAACCUACGUCACAAAACAGAAUAGACAAUACGUGACAAGGAGCAUAAAAGUAUGUCACCAAGUCAAGCGCGGGAAGAGCGUUCACUAACUUAUAAAGUCUAAAACACACACCAAUACUUUAAAAAAAAUAAUAAUAUUAAGUGGCAACAAUUAUUAAUGAACUCCCAUACUCGACACACAGCAAGCUUGUGUUCUAGUGUAAAUUAAAAUAAAUGUUUGCUAUAUCGGUAUAUUUUAAAUCUGGACUACACAUUUUCACUAGAAGUGCGUCUUUACAAAAUGUGUUUGUGUAUAUUUUAAAAGUAUAAGCUUCUUCUUUUUUCCACAGGUCUCUCUUACGCCGAUUGGGUAUCUAUAGGACAAUCACAUUCGUUUGUAUGUACAUCACUUGGAGUAGAAAGAUACGCUUCUUUUACUUGGAGAAAUAGUGUUUAUAAAACUAUGUUUUUGUGUGAUUCGCUCGAAAAAGAAUGUGUCCCAGCCUUCGAUACACUUCUAGAUCUUUACGAUGUCAACAUAACAUCAGAUGCUUCAAAAUAUACAUCCGUUUUUACAAUAAAAUAUGUUGUUCUAUCACUACAUAAUACAACUUGGUAUUGCAACGUUGAUUCAGGCUCUGGGCUACGAAAUACUUCACAGUAUAAUCUUUACGUUUAUGGUAGGUUUUAAUUUUUAUGGUUUAUAUUCAAUCCAUGUAAAACAAGGUUUUAGUUUGUCUUUGCUCGAUUAAACAUCUAGCCUUAUGAAAAAAUUAUUCAUCUUUCUUCUGGUGUCUUUAUAUUUUUUAAAAUCUUAAUCUUUGCUAUGACAGAAUUGUCAAUUGUUAGUGUCAGUCCAUGUGGAUGUUGAUUUUUACAGCCCGCUACCAAAAAAGUAUCUACUUUGCCAGCAUAUCUCUCAAUAUAUAGAAUAAAUUUUCGCCAUUAAUUUUCUUUCAUACUCAAGUGCUUGAAAUAUGCUGGCAAUGCUUUAAUGUUAGAUUAUUAAGGGGAUACCAAACACUAGAAAAAGUGAUUUAUAACUUAUUAAUAUAAAUGAAAUCAAAAUUUAAUUUUUAAAAAAAUAAUAAUAAUGUUGCGUAAUGAAUUUAAAACUUAUUUUCAGCUCCACCAACGAGUCCAUCUUGUUUCAAUGUAACACUACAUGAUGAUGUAAAUAUUACAGUACUUUGCUUCACUGAAAAGGUUUUUCCAGAAGCUCUGUGUAUAUUUUACAUCAAAACAAAUGUAAGUUUUUGUUCAUUAAAGAUUUUAUUUGGCAAAAGAUGUAAGAUAAUAGUUGGAAAUCUCGGCUCUAAAAGUAACUUGAAAUUCUGCAACUAAAUUCCUUAUUUAUUACAAUAGUAUUUGUUUAAUUUUAAGUGCAAAUUUUCGAAAAUGGGGCUAUUAGAUUAUCUAUAUCAUUCCAUGUUGCUCUGUAUAUUUUUGUGUGGAUGAAUCAUCUCAUUUUAUAUUAGUAUUAAUUUGAGUCAAGUACUCUAAGAUAAAGUUGUUCAGUCGAAUGGGCUUUGACCACCUUAUUCAUCGAAUGUGUGCUAAUUUUGAUGUUAGUUGUGGAUGCACUGAUUGCUGAUGAGACUCAUUCUUGCACGAAAUGUUCUUGUUCAGUAAGUGAAUGCGAUUAAUAUGAGUGUUAACCAAGGCCUUUCUGGCAUUUCGUUUUUGCUCUGCAGCCGCUGUUCUCUUAGGUUCAUGUUGUAUGAUGACUUUUUUCCAAAGAUUAACGCCACGAUGCACGGUCCUUUGCCAUAACUUCCUUGGUUUUACGUUAUAUACGGAGGCUUUCAGUGAGGAUGUUAGUCUAACUUUAAAGCGAUACUUCUCCCCACCAUCAAACUGCUUUUUGCAUGCUCGAGCUCAUCAUAGAUUGUCAUAUAAAAUUCAUUGGACAAGCGGUGGGCUGAAAUGUUCACAUGUGCCACCUAGUGAGCCUUGGACUGCAUUAAAUGAUAAAGAUAUUGGGGUGAAAUACAUUUGCGAGUAUCAUAGUUGGGACCCUAUCCUGCCAUUUGAUGUAGAGGAUAUUUCUGAAACGUGUCGAAUAAAAUUGGUUCAACAUUAUUGUAUUGCGUGGAUAGACCGUCCAUGUUUCACAGGCAUAGAGAAAUGUAAUGUGCAGAUCUCUUCGUUUAAGUGUUGCUUUCUCGCUUGCUCCAAACAUUCUUAAACUAUUUGCCUUAUGUUCAAACAGCUCUUGCAAUAUACAUCUUAACCUAGUUACCAAUGCUUUGAAACAGUGUGCUGCCAAGAUAUGAGAAGAUUUGUACCACUUAACGAUUUUCUGCUUAUACUUUAACGUUGGGCUCAACAUAAGAACUUUGAGGAGUCAGUUUUUAUAGGAUAAACGUUUUUUUUUUUUCAUGUGAACGAAAUUUGUUUCAGGCGCUGGAGAUAUCAGUAACGCCGCGUUGAAAAUCCACCCUGAAUACGCUUUUAGGGCUGAAACAUCGACAGAGAGUAGUUCCUUUAUGUGAAUGUCAGAAUCUUGGAUUUGACUUUUAACAUCUUCAAGUUGAAAGGCUACUAGGGCUGAGCAGAGUAAAAAAAAUGUAUACCUUGACUGGACCGGGAUAUAUUCAGACUAUAUUCGUAAAAUACAUUUCAGGACUACGCUCCAUAAAAUAGCUAAAGAUAAUGAGAAAUGUGUGCGAUCCAUUUGGGUGCAGGGAAACAUACGUGCAUAGUAUGAUCAGCUUUCACCAAUGCAUUAAAUUUGAAGGCUUCAUAACACUAAUAGCUUGAUAUAAUUGUAAAACAACGGUUCUCAACAUUGUUAGUGCCGCGAUUUCUUCAUAACUUUAGCCAAGUUGUGGUGACCAAUACCAUAGCACACAUCAAACAGAACUAUGAUAUAAAAUUAGUGAAGCUUGUUGUAGAAGAUUUUAUAUUUUUGAUAACAACUUACGCACACAUUUAAAAUAACUCUUUGUUAAAUAAUGCUGGUGUUAUAAUCCUAACUACCUAAUAUUUCCGAUAUUUGAGUCACUAAUUGCAUGACUCUUGAAAUAAAUUAUAAUUCAGAAAUUAUAUACAAGUAAAUAGAAAUUAGCCGCAAACAGAAAGACCAAAAACAUGUGGCUGCUUAGUAUAGGGGGACCAAGCGUCCUGUAAAAAAGGGAUUGUCUUGUUUUUACACGAUUGUACCCGUUGUCCUGAAAAUGUCUUUUCGGACGCCGAAAUGUCCCAUUUUUUUUUUAACCAAACACAUUUUCAAAUUACUGAAACUUCGUAAUUCAUAAUAUAACUUAAAAUAAUAUUUUGCCUUGCUGUCUAGCCAGUGCCAGUAGUGAUGUGGGCUCGCGUGAUGGCUGCACUGUUCCCCUCCACCAGUGUCCCUGCCAUAGAUCCUUUAUGUAAUUGUAUACCGAAAGACAAGAGACUUGAAGCCGGGGGGGUGAGGGGAUGUAAAUGUGCAGAAAACAAUUUUGAUUCAAAGACCGCUACGUGUGAUGUGUUAGUCUUAUGUGUGAUCCCUACCGGCCUGUUCGUGUCCGGGCGUCAUGUGUUUGUUUUUGGUGUGAACUUUAUUCUUUAAUUUUAUAUUAUCUUCUCAUGUAGACAAUAAUUAUGCCCAAGCGUCAAUGUAAGGUUAUGGCUGAGUAUUCGAAAGAGUGGAACUAUAUUAAAAAGGGACGCUAUGAAAGUGAAGCCGAGUGCACAGUUUGCAAAAAGGAUUUUAAUAUUGGUCAUGGCAGGCGUUCAGACAUAAAACAACACAUCACAUCAGUGAAACAUAGGAAAAGACUGAGUGCCCCAAGUAGAUUUCUAGGUUGGAUUUUUUAGUGAAAAGGGGCAUUUUUCAAUAAAAAGUCCCCGACCGAUGCCGCAGGACCCCUCUUUAACUGGCGGGUAUUUCCCCGCCCAGACAACCCCCCCCCCAAAAAAAAAAACAAAACAACAAAACAACAACAACAACGAAACAACCGUCCUUGAAAGCGUCCCGUUUUUUACAAAUCUUAAUUUGAUCUCCUUAGGUUAGUAAUCAUCAUUCAGUCAAAAUAUGAAAUAAAAUAUUAAUUGUCAAUGGAAUGUUACAUGGUCAAAACUAAAGAUAGGAAUCUUGCUAAGACACAUUUCUAUAUAAUAUUCGCAACAAAUAAAUAUUAUUUCAAAAGGUUUUUACUUUUAUUUAGCUUAAGUUUACUUCCGCACCAAGUGUGGUCAUUUUUAAAUUGGACAACUGUACAAUCAAGGUUCUUAAGACUAGCACCAUUUUUUUUUUAAAAUCUGCUUCCGUUAGUUUUGCCGGUGUUGGUUAUGUUCCGGAUGAGCCUCUGCUUGGCGCUUCUUUGUAUUGGCGCACUUAACUGGUCCACACCCAGUUUUACCAUUGACUAUUGUAAAUACAUGGUUUUAAUUUAUUUAUUUGUUUAAAUUAAUAGUUAAUAUAGUCAAUGGUAAUAGAACAAUUGUAAGAAGCACUGGAGGAGUUAACAUUAGGAAAUCAUAUAAAUACUGUGAAUUUUCUCAGAACAUCGUUUUCAUCAGGAGGUAAUUUGAGUAUCGUUGAGACAGAUUUAAUUAUUACAUUGAAGAAAUUUCACAACAGUUAGAUUAAGCAACGGUAGACAACUUUUGGUAAAGUUCAUACAAUUAAGUUAUCCUAAGUUUUGUCCGUGUCUGAGUAUCACUUAACUGAAAUCUUUCUGGCAUAACAUGGAAGCCUCUGAUUUUAAAGAAAAAACCUAAACCUCUUUUAUUGAAUGUAGGAUUUGAAAGAAUGGUUUGGGAUGUAGGAAUAAGAACAUGAUUUCGUUUAUGUAAGUAGCGGGGUAAACAUUUUUUAGAAGAGUUUAUAAAGAUGAGAGUAAAAUAAUUAACACGUCAAUUAAAAUGUUUUUAAAAUAGAACGUUAAGUAUCAGUUUGAAAAGCAAAUAUUUAUAUAUUUAUGUAUAUAUAUAUAUAUAUAUAUAUAUAUAUAUAUUUAUAUAUAUGAAUAUUUCAUUCUCUCUUUUUUCUUGCUUGCACUUUUAAUUUUUAGUUACUAAAAUGUUGUAGUUAGUACAUUACUCAUAAAACCGUUUAUAUGUACAUUUUUCAAAGAGCAUCAAAGGACACAAUACCGUUUGUUUGACGCUGUUAAUUACUAUAGGCGAUCCCAAAUGAUAUUUAUCAAACUUAACCAUUGCUUUUAAACAAAAAUAUAUAACAACAAAAGACUUGCAUAAUUAUUGUAACUCGUAUGUUAGGUUUUUUUUCAGUCAUAACAAAAAUAACGCUAUUAUGGCGUGAAGAAAAUAAAAAAUGUCGCCUCCCUUAUAACAUAAUUACAUAACACAUUAACCCACAGAAUUAUCUUUUUUUUUUAAACUUCAAAUAAAUAUUCUCUAAAGAAUACAAGAGCCGUGGAAACUAAAAAUGGAUCGCUUACAUAUCAACAUGGGCCAUCAAGCAGUGCAGGAUACAAUCGAACAGAAUGUACGUACACUGUGUCUGCUGACAUCAUAGGACCUGGAUCCCAUGUCUUCUAUGUUGAAAUGUUUGCACACAUCACGUCAAAUGUAGCAGAGGAAAUGAAGAGGGCAAGUCAAUACACAGAUAGUGUCAAAAUUGGUAACGUAUGUGAAACGAUAUUUUGAAAUAGGUUAAACGUAGCAUAACAAUUUAUAUGCUCACCAAAAUAAACUACAUUUCGACCACAAUAAGCUUUCCCCCUUUUUGCUUGUGUUUUCUUUAUAUUGCUCUGUCCUAUUCAUAUCGGCGUACGCAGUGCUACCGGUAAGAUACGUGGAAGGCGCAAUUAACCAAGUGUUGGAUUUUUUUUUUCUUCUUUUUUUUUUUAAAUGGAAGGUAGGCAUUUUCGGGCUCCUGAAAAGUUUAUUCGUUAAAGAAGGGAAGCAAAAUCAUUUUCCCCGGUAACACUAACACUUGGUACGCCUCUGGGUUCAUGAUUCAUGAGCUAAAAAAAUUAGAAGGCGACUCUUUUGGAACAUCAGUCGAAAGAUUUUAUUUAAAAACUACUUUUACUAGAUAGUCGAAUAAAAAAAUUUUAUGGGAAAAAAAAAGCAACAAGCAAAUGAUUACAAGAUGGAAACAUGUCUACGUGUUAUGGUGAUUAAAAAUGUGGAUAUAAAUAUAAGUUCCUUUAAUUGGCCUCAAACAGAUGGUGGUUUUCAAUAUAUUUGUUUACCUAUGAUAUUUUUGUCUUUAGUGCUAUUUUGUUUAAUUUCAUCAGCCUAUUCCAUUUGAUGGUAGGUUGUUUUGCAUAGAAACUGUUGGUGAAGUUCUUGGUGUGGGGACACAGUCUUUAAAUGAUAGUCGGGAGAUUUAUUUAAAUGAAACAAAUACAAGAAGACUUAAAUAGUUGUAUUGUCUUCAUAUCCUUUGUCAGUGUGGAAGAUCCUUAUAUGUAAGGUAAAUUAAUCAUUAAGUUCAAUUGUUUCUUAAUACUAGUCUUUAAGUAAUUUUAGAAGAGUGGCGAUGCACCUGACAUUGAAAUAUGUGGACAUGUGUUGUUUUUGUUUUUUUUCAAACAUAACCAUAAUUUUAGUUCUGCAUAUUAAUAUUAUGUUAUAUUCAGGGUUGCCUGAAGCCGCCCUUUCCCCAGAUUGUCAAGUCAACGACUACAUCAAAGAAAACCAAAAUCGAACGUGUACAUGUUAUGACAAAAGUCAGACUUUUUUACCAACACAAGUCACCUGGUCUGUUGGCGAUAUGCAAGAUAGGCGAUUGGUUUUUCUUUCACAACGUCCUUCUUCUGGUAAAUAUACGUGUACUUGGAUCUUUCUUCAAAGUACUUCAAUAUAUUUUUUGUAGAGUUUCUCUUUAAUGAACAUAUCUUUACCAUUACUCGGCGGGGAUACAUUAUUUUACAUUUGCCGAUUCUGUGACUAUCACUCUCACUAUUCCCAAAAUAUUUCAAGCUAUUUGAGUAAUCUUAUAGGUUUUGUUUUCGGGUAUUUUUAGGUUGCCAUCUUUUACUUGUCAAUGGUUGUUCUAAGUUAAAUCAGUCACGAUGCUUUCUGUAUUGCUGGAAAGAUUUCUCUAAAAAAAGUUACUAGGAUUAAUUUGUGUGCAGAAUGUGUUUAAAAUGUCCCUAUUUGUUAGAAUAAAUAUGAAAUAAUAAUUUAAAGAAAAAAAUAAUAAAAAAAUAUGUGUGUUAAAUUUGCUUUAAUGUUUAACAUUAUAUUUAAACUGUAAUAUUCAUAAAUAAUAAAAUAAUGAUGAUGCAUUUCGUAUCUCUAAAGCGACAUCUUAAAAAUAACCCAGCAUACAUUUGCUUGCUAGUGUAUGUUUUAUUUAGUAUGGGUAUGUGUAUAUAACUAUGAAUAUUUAUAUAUAUAUAUAUAUAUAUAUAUAUAUAUAUAUAUAUUUUGAAGUAAAUAAAAGACAUACAAACAGAUAAUAUGUAUUUGUUUUUUGUGUGCUGCAAUUUUAAAAAUAAAAUUCUAAAGCGACAUCUUAAAAAUAACCCAGCAUACAUUUGCUUGCUAGUGUGUGUUUUAUAUAGUAUGGGUAUGUGUAUAUAACUAUGAAUAUUUAUAUAUAUAUAUAUAUAUAUAUAUAUAUAUAUAUAUAUAAUUUGAAGUUAAUAAAAGACAUACAAACUGAUAAAUUGUAUUUGAAUUUUGUGUGCUGCAAUUUUAACAAUAAAAGCAAAACAGUGUCAUGUCCAUUUGUUUCAGACAACACCAUUUACACCUGCACCAUUUCAAAUCAAUUGAAUUGGAUAAAACAAAUAAAGUAUGAACCUAAAGUUACUUGUAAGUGAAAGUUUAAUUAGUAGUUGAUUUAAAUCGUUCAUAUUUCUUAUUGAAACAAUAAUCUGCAUUAAAUCACAACUAAAAAAUUUGUUAGAAAGAAUGGAUUUUUUAAAAUUUUAUUUAGAGCCAUUUUUAUUCUGUAUAUAAUGCAUUUCAUUCAUUUUAUAAUCAAGAUACAAUGACAUUUACUGACUAAAAAUUAUUAUUGUACGCGUGAAUUUUUGGUAUAAAAAGUUGUUGAUGAGAGUUUUUCUGUGAGUUGUAGUUCGUUGAGUUGUUUCGUGAUGUUGACCUUUGAGAUAUGUGAAAUUUUUAUUGUGUAGAGAUAUAAAAGGCAGUAAAAUGACGUUCUUGGAAAGAGAGAGAGCGAGAGAGAGAGAGAGAGAGAGAGACUCAGUGGUUAGUUUGCAGGAUAGUGCAAGUGCUAAUGUUGUCAGAAUAGGAACGUUUUGUGAACUGGCAGUUACUAUGGUAAUAAAGAAUUAUGAUAUCUUCUUUUAUUGAAUGUUAGUUGUUGAUCUUAAGUGUGGACUAAGAAUGACUGUGUGACAUUUAUUUAAUAGGAAAUAUCAUACAAUUAUUUAUUUUUGUACACUUCAAGAAAGAAGCUAGAAACAUAAAAAAGUACAUAUGAGAAUUUAAAUAUGAUAUUUAAGUAACACACAUUUAAAGGCCUAUUCUUUUAAAUCUCCAUAGUUUUGUUUAAUCCAAUCAAAUGUCAAGUAUUCCUAGAGAAAAUGAAUGACGAAAAUGAUGUUACUCUAACAUAAAUCCAUUCUUUUCUUUUCAGACGGUCCUGACAAUGUCAUCCUUACCCUAUUUAAUACCUCGCUUGACCAGUGUGGUAAUAACGGUGCGUAUAUUUCCGGGACUUGUACAGUUAGUGACAGCAAUCCUGACCCUACAGUGUAUAUCUACGUCAGCAACUCUCCGGUGACAUCACAGCAUAAAGUAGCUAAAACUGAUUACCGUUUCAGCCAAGUCAUUUCUGAAAGUGGAAUUGUCUAUGUUUUGUGUCGUGCUGUCAAUUCUGUUUUUGAGGAUAUUUCUUCUGAGAAAAUAAGUUCUAUAACAGUGAAAGGUAACGUUGGCUUUCCUCUAUUCCAAAAAGAAAUUAUUUAAUUUUAAAUUUACAUAAUAUUUCUGGCAUCAAUCUGUAUAGACUUCGCAGGACGAAAUGAAAAGGUCUUGGUUUCUUCGUUAGGAGGAUAAGCUGGUUCAAUGGAGAGCAGAUCGCCUCUCUCUCUACUCUCCUGGAAAACCCACGGGAAAUCAUGUGUGUAUGAUGUAUCUAAACACCAUUUUUAGUUACCAGAAUAUUCAUUUUAUGAAGGUUAUCCCCCUACGUGACUUCAAAAGUUCGUUUGAGUUCAGAGUUUGCCUUCUCUUAGAUGAGUUGCCAUUCAAGGUUAACAAGUCAAAUCCACUCGGGUUACUGGACAUGUGUUUUGCUUGUCUUGGCUUUUGUGGGGAUUAACCUCAAGACCACCAAAAUUUUAGACUAACAAUCAUAAUAAUGAUGAAAACUUGUUUUAUGGAAUUUAUAUUUAUUAAUAAGUUUACAUUUAGUUCCUAACUUUAAUUACAUUUAACCGCAUAGCAUUUUCCCGUUUAUUAAAUAAUGAAAAAGCUAUCCACGUCUGGGUAAAUACGCUUAUGUUUAGUUUCAAUAAUUUUUGUAGUUGAGUUCAAAUAAUCAAAAGAGCCCUGAAGCCUUAGUAUAUCAACGAAACACUUAAUUUGUACCCAUUUUAGGACCACCUGAAGCUCCACAAAUAUCAUCUAUGUCAGGAAAAAGCACCAAAACUCUUACUGACGGAAACCAGCUGCAGGUCACAGAAGGAAACACAGACAUCGUGUGUGAAUCUAGAGGAGGAUUUCCCCUGUAUAAAAAUUUAACACUUGUCUGUGGGACCAACACACAAACUAAUGAACGUAAUUUGUUGAAAUAAUAUAACAAAUAACAUCAUAUGUUAUGUGGCUUAAAUAAUAAUAUAUAUUUUGUUAUGUAUUUGUAAAUAAUAUGAUAAUUUAGAACUAAUACCAUGGCUAUAAAUUUACACAAAAAAAAUUAAAUUAAAUUAAGUAUAUUAAUUUUGCUACUCUCAUUUCCAGAAAGCGAUACUAUAAGUAUGACACUCAAAGUGUCACGUGACAUGCAAGGUGUUAAUUGCACGUGUGUUGUAUGGCAUGAAUCGAAAUGUUUGCACAACUUCGUCACAGUGACUCUCAAGCUUCCUCUGGGUAUAUCAUUUACUUACUAUCUAAUUAUGUUCACUGUCUCAAUUAAUUUAAUUACAGAUAAAGAAUUUUUAACAAAAUAUUUAAAAGAAUUAAAAAGUAUAAAACUGUAUUUUUAGUACCUUAAUUUAAAUCAUUUUAAUACAUUUUCAAUUUUAAUAAUUUCAUUUCUUUCAACGAAAUGAUUAUUCACUUUUAUAAUGAAACAGAAAAACAAACAUCUCUCUUUGCAUUAUGCUGUUUUUUGUGUGUUAUUCUUCGAGUUAAUUUGAAUUGUUAAGAACUAUUGACCAUUAGUCAGAGAUAGUACUUGAGUUACUGAUUUUUGAAAGCAUAACAUAAUUCUAACAGCCACGAUGAACUUCUUCAGAUGAACAAAACAAUGUAGGUGCCAUCAUCGGAGGAGUCAUUGCACCAAUCAUUGGCGUUGUGUUGAUUGUAGCAUUGACAGUAUUUUUGGUUAAAAGACGUUCAAGUAAGUCAUUAGAUGAGGUUGACAUAUUGAAAUGCACCAAAAGAAAGCCUUAUAUUAUUUUCUAAUCAAACUAGAAUUCUUUUUUUUUCCCUAUUAUUGAACAAAAAUCUUUCCAAUGAGCACUAAGCAAAUGAAUUUAUUCACCUAUGAUUGUUUUUAGAUUUAAUAAUCCCCUUUCACGCUGUUGUGUGCUGUAGGUAUAUUUGGCCGUUCAUUGGAUGUUGCUACUUUGUGUGCUCUCUUAUUUCCUUAUGUUCUGAUGUCCUGGUAUCCACUUUAAAGUUAGCUUACGUUUUUGGGAAUGUGUUUAUUUUUGAAGUAGGGAUUUAUUAUUUCUUUUUAAAAUGAUUUUCAGUCGCCUGAUGUAAAGAAGGUUUUUAAGUCAAACUUCGUCAUACAUUGUACUACUAUUUCCUUCAUUUAAUGCCCUGAAAUAUGUAUUGGCAAUUGAAAAUAAAUUUAAGAUAAAGAAAUAGUUUUGGGUGUUUAAAUCCUCUUUAUCGAUUUGAAGUUGGAGUCUUUCUUUUUGUAGAGUUGACUCAUCAAGCAUUGAUUUUCUUUCUAUUAAAUGACUUGUUCUCAAAUUAUCAAUUGGUCAGUGGCUUUAUUGGUUUUAUGUACCUUUUAUAUAUCUCGAUAAAGGCUCCCACUCUUCUGAGAUUUAGUUACUCAGUAUUAGUGUGCAUUUCACUUCCUGCUAUUAUUUUUCUUAAUUUACCACAAAUAAAAAUAAUUUAAAAUGUAUAUAUACAUAUAUAUAUAUAUAUUAACUUCUUGACUUUAAAAUUGUGUACACAUUACUGUAAUGUCUGCAUUACUGCAUGUUGACUCUAGCGCAAGCCAGUUUUCAACCACUGAUCAAACAGAUCGUUAGUUCUACGGACAAAGUGUUUACUUGUUAGCACACCAUGAGGCAUUGGCCAGGAUUUAAACAAUGUUUAGCCUUCUUGUUGACUUUACGUUCAAAUUUUGUGAUGGGUAUUAAACUUGCCACCUAGAUGUGUUGGGGUGGGUUCGUUUUUGAGAAUUUAUGUUUGUGGGGAUAUUUUGAUAUCUUAUUAUUGAAAAACAAAUAUUUUUUAUUGGUAUAGUUUAAUUUCAGUUUGCAUGUUUCACAAUCUGUACUAAGCCUUAUUCGGAAAAUAACAGAAAAUAAAAUAUGCAUAAGAAUUCAAAUAAAAUGAUUACAAGUGAACAUUUUAAAAUAACAAUGAUAAUAACCUGUAACUCGAUAUAAUUGACUGAUAUAAUUGUACAAUAAAAUGCUUCUGCUACUCAAAAAAAAAAAAAAAUAGUUGUUAUUUUAAAUUAUUAAACAAAUAGUGUUUUUAAUAAAUUACAUGUGUAUUCUAUCUAUAUUUGAAAAAUUGUCAAAGAUAUCGCCAUAAAUUCUUCUAUCGUUUAUAAUCAAAGACAUUUUUUUUUCAGAUAAACUCAAACGACAGUUACAAGAAGCCAAUGCAAAGUAAGUUGAUUUUGUACUAACAUCGUAUUAGAAAAAAAAACGUACAAUGACACUUUUAUAUUAAACUUAAACGAAAACUUAGGAAUAUAUAUAAUUAAUUGCAAAAGCAAGAAUUGUUUUUAAUUAAUAUAUAUAUACGUUUAUAUAUAUUGAAAUUAAUUUGAAAAUUAAAACAAUAAAUUAUAUUUCAUAAUAUGAUAAAUAUAUGUACAUUUGUUUGACAGUUAAUCAAUACUUAAGAAAAAUACGUUAAUUUUGUAAACAAGAAAACUUUUUGAUCUAAAUUUUAAUGUUGUAAUUCCAGCAAAAUGCAAACGUACUCCAACGUUCAAGGUAAGAUAGGAAGAUUCAUUUUUUUUUUCGUUUUUACUUACAAUGAUCAAAUUGUAAAUCAGCAUCAAUAGAGAUUUGGUCCAUGCGACUAAAUUUCAUUGCUAGAAUUGUUAAAAUUGUCUUUAAUUUUAGUAUUUAAAUGAAAUAAUUUCUAAAACUUACUUAAUUCACUUUAUUAUUAAAUUCCUAAUCGUCCUUGUUUUUGGGAUGUCUAUAAAAUCAAAUAAAAAAUACUGCGUUUUUUUCAAGUGUCAGAUUGGAAAGGAAAUGCUCUAUAAUAUUUCAAAAGAGCACAAAUUGGGUUUAUAUGCGAUUAAAGGAAAUUAUUUUAUAUUAAAUGACAAGCAGCAAACACAUAUUUAUUAGAAUCCUGAAAACAUGAUGUGCAGGCUCUUUCACGUGUGUAAAUUAAAAACAUUGUUUAUACUGUCAGAAUAAUUUAAGUAAUACAUUAAAUUUCACCAUAGUUGUUCAUAUAAAGGUUCCUUGGCUUUUAUCUGCUUGCUUUUAUAAUACUCAAGCUCUUAUUCUUUUUUUUAAACUUUUUAUUUCAAGCGAGUGAAGACUAUAUGAACUCUGACACUCAUCAGUAUGAAAGACCUAGCAUUACGCAUGACGACACUACUCACGCUGAUGUGCAUACACCACGUACUAUCAGGCAACCCAAGUUACCGGAAAAUUAUUCAGACACCAAUGUUCUUGGAGGAUUUAUUGAACAGACAAAUAGACAGCAACAACCUAAAGAAAACAAGAAAAUCAAAGCUGACGCGUGCAAGGGUUAGUUUCUUUUUUAGUAGUAAAUUUUUUAAAUUUAUUUAAAACACACUUUACUGUAAAUAAUAUGAACUUAUAUUUCUACAAACUGCAUGAUAAAUUAGUGAUUAGUUGCACUUAAAACUGAAAAAAUUACGAACUCAUAAACAAAAAGUGGUACAUUUAAACUGUUUGAUUCUAUAACUACCAUGAAUACAUUACUGACAGUAACAAUGGUUUUUGUAAAAUAAAACAGCCUGAGACGGAAUGGGUAUGUGAAACUAUAGUUUGGUGUUUUCAACUAGGUUUCUUUACUUUAUAUAUAUUUUCAUAGUGAGCAGUAGUCUUAUGUGUUGUUUAUAUUCUUUUUACUAUUUAAACUUAUAGAUCGAAUACCGAUGUUAUGUGAGGCUAAUAAUCAAUUGAUAAAUUAUUAUAUAUUUUAAACGAAAUGUCUUUUCUACACCAUGUAACAGCACAUUAAAUACUUAAUUGUUUCUAACUAAAAUGCAUUCUCAUGUGCGAACAUAGCAAAUCACUCUCUAAAAACUCUGGUCAGUAUAUCACAGUCUAAGUUCACCUGCAGGGCGUGGCCAUAUAAAAACUGUGUAACUUGGAUUUCCAGGUCGAUCUCACACCCGGAAUAUAGUACAGGACGUUUAGCUAUUGAUUUCUCAACUGUCUCUCGUGCCUGGUAGCAAUGUCCACAUAUUGGGUCACUCUGAUAAUUUAGUCUAAUAAAGUAGCCAUGGGUCGCAUAAUCCACAGUCUUCAUUUGAGCCACUAUUAACUUAAUACGACACCAAUGUAUUUCACCAAAGAUAACUUUUGCUCGAACGCGGGCUACGCUAACAGAUUUAUUAAGUGCUUUUUUUUUACCAAAACAAUAAUAUUACGGUUAGUUGAUUCUUCUUUAUUUGUUUUUUUUUAAAAAUUAUUUUAGAGAUGCGUGGCAUUAAACGAAGGGCGAUCUUUGAGAAAGUCAUAAUGACAUGAAUAAAUAUGUCAAGAUAGUUUAUAAGCACUUUCAAUUAAAUGUAGUAAAACGUGAUAAUAUAAGCAUCCAAAAUCUCGCAUUCUGAUAUAGAAAUUAUGCUUAUCAUUUAUUUGUGCGUCUCUUCUUGAUAUUCGACAGAAGGAGAAACCGAUGUUAAACCAGAGGAGCAUCACUAUGAGGAAAUCAAUGACGUCAAUACAUUAACAUAUGACACGUCAACAUGCAAAGAAAUCGCCAAACCUGAACUAAGUGCAUCUUACGUGAACCUUGAGAUUGUGCAACAGGCUUCUGUAUUAUAAAUGUUACGAAUUUUACUCAUUAUAUAAAUGUGUAUAUUCAUAGUGUGAUAUGCUUGUCUGAAAAUGAAUUAGGAUCUAGUAAAAGAAUAUACUGGUGCAUGUAAAUUUUCAUAUGUAGCUAUUUUAUAUCAUGGAUUUUUCUGUAUAUAUAUUUAUUAAGCUUUAAAUACUAACCAAAAUGAAAUGGUUUUCAAUUUAAAAGCGGUUAUUGACAAAGGAGUAAUUACCACAGCUAUUCAGUAUUUGAAUUUUUAUAUUUAUAUUUAUCUUACAUUUUUAAAACACCAUUUAUUUCAUUAAAAAUUAAUUUUAAGAACCACUUAUCAUAUUUUUUUAAAUACAAAAGUGUAUACAACUUUUACAACUUUUAUGUUAAAGUAACUUGGUUAAAACAUUGUAUUAUACAAUAACUGCUUUAAAAAAUAAUUUCUUUUCUUUUUUUUUUUUUAAAUAAAAAUUGACUGCAUUAUUCGUUGCUUUUUAAAUUGUAAGAGAUCAAAACGUGACAAAUCAGUUCAAAUUUAGUAUGAUGCAAAAUACAUGUUUCCAAAAAAUGUUUUAAAUGGCAUCAAGAAGAGAAUAUAUAAUUUCUGAUUUUUACAAUGACAAUCGAAAUAAUUAAGAGAUACAGGAAACAGAUGACGAAAAGUGUAAGGUCUUAUAAAAUGAACUAAAUUGGGUGAAUAUAAUGCUUUCAUUCUUGUAAUAGUUUGUAACAAAUUGAACUGGACGUUAAUUAGAAUACGUGGACUAUUUCAUUAUCAAAUAGCUUUGCAAAAAUAAUAAAUAUC